AGACCAGAGAGAGAGAGAGAGACAUUGAUCGUAUCAGGAACCCAAACGAGCUGUUUACCCAGGUGAAUCAUUUUUGGAACAUGCUAACAUGCUGAAUGACAUGGCUGAAAUCAGCCCUGAGAGUUACCAGAAGUUUAUACAGAGGCACAUUAAAGAGGGAAAUUAUUUCAUGGCCCCACCAGAGCCGCAUCUCUGUCUUCAUACCAAAAUAUUGGAUCCAGAGGUGAAGGUUUUGUUCAUCAACAUUUGUAGUUGGAGCAGCGUUCCAGCUCCUCAGUCUGAGGCACAUCCUGUGCUAAAUAAAGUUAAGAAGGAUUCAAUAGAAUCUGAUCAACUGAUAUGCCCGGCAAUGAAAUACAUUGAGGAGAAAUACAAAGUCACCCUUUGCCAUUCGUACCGCCUGGCUCCAUUCAAACUCAAGGGAAAAGUUAAAAGGAUAAGAGAGAGUCUGCAAGAGACAGAGAAACAAGCUGACAUCAAGACGGAAGACUCAACGAAAGUGAAUGAUUAGUUGCUAGAACAGCUUGGCUAUUAAAGGAGAAGAGCAGGAGAAUAACCCAUCCAGAAACGGCAGAGCAAGCUUGAUUGAAGAGAUCUCCAGCACUGAGAUACAGGAGGAAGGCUUGCUUAUUUCUCCCAAGCAUGACCUCUGUGUGAUGAAGGAUGAAUCUGGGUAUCCCACAAUGCUGACUCUGAAAAUUGACCUGGAGAAUGUCCAUUCUGUCGCAGAGUGUGAGCUGUGUGUCUCCAAGGAUGACUUGAUGUUUGAAGUACCUGGAAGAUACUAGCUUACACUUAAAUCUGCCACAACAAGUUAACAAAGACACAGGUAAAACACAACUCCACAAAGAAAAGCAUUUUCUAGCUGUAACAAUGCCAGUACUUAAACACAUCACAAACCACUAAAGCAUCUCCGUGACCGCCAUCAAAUCUUUGCAUGCAAUGAAAUGUAUGCUUUAUAUACCUUUUAAGGACUGUAAAAUGU